AUGGAACGCUUACCGGGUCAAGGCGACCUGAACUGGCGCCUCAGUGCUCAUCCGAUUACCUUGUUAUUUUUCCUAGGCUUCCGCAUUGGAAGUCUGUUAAUGUACCUCUUUGGCGUCCUCUUCAUCGACAACUUUGUCCUCGUCUUCAUAAUAACGCUCCUCCUCCUCUCCGCCGACUUCUACUACCUCAAAAACAUCGCCGGCCGGCGCCUGGUCGGUCUGCGCUGGUGGAACGAAGUCAACGCCUCAAACGGCGAAUCGCACUGGGUCUUUGAGAGCUCCGACCCGAACACGCGAACCAUCAAUGCCACGGACAAGCGCUUCUUUUGGUUGAGUCUGUACGCCACGCCCGCGCUAUGGAUUGGAUUGGCCAUUUUGGCGAUUGUGAGGUUGCAGAAUGUUAUUUGGUUGAGUUUGGUUGCUAUUGCGCUCGUGCUCACGAUUACGAAUACAUUGGCCUUUUCGAGGUGUGAUCGAUUCAGUCAGGCGGGUUGGCUCGCUGACAACGCGUUGUCGAGAGGACUUGCGGGCAACCUUGCCUCUGGUCUGUUUGGAAGGUUCUUCCGGUAG